UGAAAUUCCAUAAAGCCGUUGUAUUGUUAGAGAGAGAAAGGAAGAGAGAGAGAGAGAUUGUGAAAUUAGGGUUCCCAAAAAACAUUUGUGGAUCCUCUUCGGAAACUAUGUUCACGCCGCAAAGAAAACAGUGGAUGUCUCCGGCGAUGACGCCGAGAAGCGAGACGCGUGUUACUAACCCUAGAAACGCCGAUAGAAAGGGAAAGGCGAUUGCGUUCAGCGAGGACCCGGUUAAUUCGACUCUUCCGCCGCCUCCGAUUGGAACUCUGACCGGAGAAGGCUUUUCGAGAGGUGAGGCUGAUGAUAUGGAUAUGGGCGAUUGGAGGAGGUUUAGGGAAGUGGGUUUGUUGGAUGAGGCAUCAAUGGAGAGGAAAGAUCGAGAAGCGCUUCUUGAAAAGAUCUCUACACUCGAAAAGGAGUUAUAUGGCUACCAGCACAACAUGGGACUUCUUCUCAUGGAGAAUAAGGUGUGGGCUUCGAAGCACGAGCAACUAGAUCAGGCGUUACUAGAAGCUCAAGAGAUCCUUAAAAGAGAACAGUCAUCACAUCUGUACGCAUUGACCACUGUGGAACAACGGGAAGAGAACUUGAGAAAAGCCUUGGGUUUGGAGAAGCAAUGUGUAGAGGAGCUUGAAAAGGCUCUUCGUGAAAUGCAAGAAGAGAAUAACAAGACAAGGCUCGCUUCCGAAGCUAAAUUAGCUGAAGCGAAUGCUCUGGUUGCUAGUGUUACCGGGAGAUCUUCGGAUGUGGAAAGUAAGAUUUAUUCUGCUGAAAGCAAACUCGCAGAGGCAACUAGGAAGAGCUCUGAGCUGGAAAUGAGAUUGAAGGAAGUGGAGACUCGUGAGAGGGUCCUGCAACAAGAGCGGCUUUCGUUUGCUAAAGAGCGAGAAUCAUAUGAAGAGACUUUCCAUAAGCAAAGAGACUACCUUCAUGAAUGGGAGAAAAAGCUUCAAGAAAAAGAAGAAUCGAUGCCUGAACAGAAGAGAAGCCUGAAUCAUAGAGAGGAAAAGGUUAAUGAAAAAGAAAAGAACUUGAAGUUGAAAGCAAAAGAACUUGAAGAACGAGAGAGGAAGAUUGCUUUGUCAAUGUCAAAGUGUAAGGAAACUGAAGAGGAUUUGAAUAAGCGACUGCAAGAAUUGACUGCAAAAGAGAAAGAAUCUUGCACACUCCAGAGCAUGCUAAUGGCAAAGGAGAGGGAGUUGCGAGCACUUGAAGAGAAGCUUAUUGCUAGAGAAGGGACAGAAAUUCAGAAGCUCAUUGAUGAUCAGAAGGCAGAAUUAGCUGAUAAGAUGCUGGCAUUUGAACAAGAAUGUGAAGAGAGAAGAAAAUCUCUGGACAAGGAACUCCAAAGAAAAACGGAAGAAGUUGAACGACAGAGAGUUGAAAUUGAUCAUGGCGAGGAGAAGCUGCAGAAAAGAAAUCAAGCUCUGAAUAAGAAGUUUGAGCGAGUGACUGAAAAAGAAAUGGACCUUGAAGCAAAGUCUAAAGCUAUUAGAGAGAAAGAAAAAGACAUACAAGCUGAGGAGAAAAGGUUAAGUUUGGAAAAGCAACAAUUACUUUCUGAUAAGGAGAGCCUCAUGGAUUUACAACAAGAGAUUGAAAACAUCCGGUCUGAGAUGAUGAAGAAGGAGGAUGCGAUCCGGGAAGAACUCAAAAGUCUUGAAAUCAAGAAAGGAGAGAGGGAAGAAUACCAGAGACUGCAAUCUGAACUCAAGUCCCAGAUAGAGAAAUCAAGACUCCACGAGGAGUUUCUUUCGAAGGAAGUUGAAAAUCUGAAGCAAGAGAAAGAGAGAUUUGAAAAGGAGUGGGAAAUAUUGGAUGAGAAGCAAGCCGAGUAUAAUAAAGAACGAAUGAGAAUUUCUGAAGAAAAAGCAAAGCUUGAGAGGUUUGAAAUGCUGGAACGAGAAAGAUUGAAGAAAGAAGAGAGUGCUUUCAGGGUUCAGAUAAAGCAGGAACUGGACGAUAUUAGACUGCAGAGAGAAUCGUUUGAAGCCAAUAUGGAACACGAACGUUCAGCAUUACAUGAAAAGGCCAAACUUGAGCAUUCUAAGGCGCUUGACGAUCUAGAAACGAUGAGAAGGAAUCUUGAAAUUGAACAACAAAAGAGAAAAGAAGAAGACGAGAAAGCUCUACAAGACAGACUGUCUCAGUUUGAGGAUAAAAGAAUGAAAGAGCUUAGUGAUAUCAAUCGCCGUAAGCAGGCUUUGAAUAGGGAGAUGGAAGAAAUGGUGUCGAAAAGGGGUGCUCUCCAGAAGGAAAGUGAAGAAAUUGCCAAACACAAGGAGAAACUCAAAGAGCAGCAAGCAGAGAUGCAUAAUGACAUCAGUGAACUUAGUACACUCAGCAUCAACCUCAAGAAACGUAGGGAAGAGUUUGCACGUGAAAGGGGUCGGUUUCUAGCAUUUGUUCAAAAGCUCAAGGAUUGUGAGAGUUGUGGGCAGCUGGCGAAUGAGUUUGUACUCUCUGAUCUCCAACUACCGUAUAACGAAGAAGAAGCUAUUCCGCCACCUAACGGAGUUGUGAGUGACCUGCCAGAAAGUUCUGAUGAGUCUGACUCCUGUAAUAUCAACAAAUCUCUAGACAGAGAUGCAUCAGGAAGUGGUAGAAGGCCCAACAUGUCGAUACUGCAGAAGUGCACAUCGAUACUUUUCUCACCAAGUAAAAGAGCUGAGCAUGAUAUGGACACAGGCAAGCCUGAGCAGCGUCCAUCCUCCUCACUGGCCGUUAAUAAGGAAACAAAAGGUGAGAAACCACUGCCAGUUAGCACAAUUCCGGACGAGGAUGAGGAAUAUACAGACAGUCGAGUACAAGAAACUUCUGAAUGUUCUCAGUUUUCUGAGCUUCAGAGUGCCAGGCGUGGACGUGGACGUGGCAGACCUAGAAAACCCAAGCCUUCUACGAAUCCUACUAGUUCGGCCAAUCAUGCCAGCCCUGGAGAAUCAUCAAAAGGUGAAGUGAGUGGUCACGUAUCUGGUACUAGCGAGAAAACAACAGGCAGAGGUGGAAGGAAAAGACAGCAUACUGAGGAUACUGCUGCUGGUGGUGGACGUCGUAAGAGACAACAGACUGUUGCUGUCUUGCCGCAGACCCCUGGCCAAAAACGCUACAAUCUGAGGCGGAACAAAACCGUAGACCAAGUCCCAGCAAAUGUUGAAAAUGAUGCAGCUGGUGGUGAAGAUGAUGCAGACAUUGCUGCCUCUGCGCCAUCGAAGGACAAUGUCGAAGGAACUAGCGAAUCGGUGGUGGAACCUCUUCGAGCUAGAAGAUUAGAAAGUUCGGAAGUUAGGGUUGAGAGAGUUGUAACGGUGGAAACAACUACUGCUACUGCUAAUACCAAUGUGGGUGUUUCGGUUGCAAAUACAGAAGUAGCAGCUAACAUCGCUAUGAGCCCCUCUGUUGAAGAUGAUCAGACGCAGAGAACAGUCAAUGAGGAUAAGAAUGAAGAAUAUGAGGAUGGAAAUGAUGAAGAAGAUUACGAGGAACAAGAAGAUGAUGAUGAUGACGAUGGUGAUGAUGAUGACGACGAUGGUGAUGAUGAUGAUGAUGAUGGUGGAUCACCAAGACCUGGUGAAGGAUCCAUAAGAAAGAAGCUGUGGACUUUUCUCACCACAUAACCAUCUCACGUGGGAUGAUCUAAGAGAUGUUACUUUCACAUUUAUUAUGUAGAACCAUUUAUAGCUUCUUUGUAUCCAAAGACACCCUUUUGAUGGAAGAUGAAGUUAGGGAAUUAGAAGCUAGAGGCAUGUGUUUAAUGAUAAUGUACUUUCGAAUA